AUGGCGAUCAAGGUGCCCACCGGCCAGUCGCCGCCCUUUGAGACGGUAGACGACAAACACCAUGCCGGUAUUAUCAUCAUCACCGCCGCAGUCUGUCUGAUGAUCUCGCUGGUCUGUCUGCUGAUCCGGGUGUACGUGCGCAAAUUUCUCAGCCCACCAUGGGGAUCAGACGAUAUCGUCCUGUUGGGAGCGACGAUCACCGCCGUCGCCGAGUCGAUUGUCAUCUUUCACGCUGCGAGCAUUGGAUUUGGGACUGACAUCUCGCUACUGACCCAGAAGACCGUUGAUCGCAUACAAGAUUCCCUCCUCGCCGCCGACAUCCUCUAUCUAUUUACUCUAUACCUCUCGAAGUGCUGCGUUAUCGCCAUCUACUUGCGCUUGACGCCUAGCACGCGCCACAAGAGCAUCCUCUGGGUGACCUUCGGACUUAGCACAGCAGCCAUUAUCGUAUCAGUGCUAGUUAUCGCAGUGAACUGCGAAGGAAACAGGCCUUGGGUUGUACCUGGCGAGCAGUGCCAUAGCCUGUUCCCCCGCUGGCAAUCAAUCACCGCACUCGAUAUCUCAACCGAAGUUUUGCUCUUCACUUUCUCGAUUGGCCUGGUCUGGGGUUUGCAGAUGCCCAUCUCACAUAAAUUCGUGGUCAUGGGAUCUUUCGCAUCCAGACUACCGUUAAUAAUAUUCUCCGCUCUCCACCUCUCCAGACUCAAAGAAUACACAACCAUCCAAAACCCCACCUUCACCGCAAUCAACCACUCAAUCUUCACCCAGCUCCACCUCAACUACGCCCUGGUAGCCUGCACGGUCUUCUGUCUGCGUCCCUUUAUGAGGGCCCUCACAACCUACUAUGGCACAGCCGGCGACUCCCACCUCGGCAGCAGCAGCGGCGGCUAUGGGUACGGGUCCGGGAGACAGGGGGAUACAGACCCCUAUGCAUCGGGACGAUCGCGUGACUACGAGCUGGGGACUUUGAAAGGACGGUCCGGACAACGGGCCAGUGGCUUGCUCAGGGAUAGGCCGGAUGCGGGCGAUGGGGCGGAGAAUGGGACUGUUGUUUGUGAGGUUGCGGGGCCGUCGCAGUCGGGGGAGGGGAGGUCUGAAGGGGAUGUGGGCAGUAUGCGUAGUGGGAGUGAUGGGAGUACGAGGAUGAUUAUUCGGAAAGAGGUGGAGUAUUCUGUUUCGGUGGGGCAUUCAUAG